AUGGAUUGUUUACCAUUUUUGGGUUUGAAUCCUGGUGAUAAAAACAUUUAUAUAAUCACGGGCGAUUCAGGCACAGGAAUGACAAAUCAAACAAUUGGUGCUUUAGUCUGUCGAGAUUUAAUUUAUGGUAUAGAUAAUCCAUGGAAAGAUAUUUAUGAUCCUUCUCGUCAAAUGGUGAAAGCACCAUUAGAAUUUCUUAGACAUAAUGCUGAAAUACAAGUUGCAUUCAAAGAUUAUGUUACAGCGGGUGAAAUUAGUGAUAUUGAAGAAUUAGCUCGUGGUGAAGGAUGUAUAAUGAGAAGUGGUAUGACUAAACAUGCCGUUUAUAGAGAUAAUGACGGUACAGUAUACAAAUUUUCAGCUAUUUGUCCACAUUUGAAAGGAAUUGUCAGAUAUAAUCCACUGGAAAAAACUUUUGAUUGUCCAUUACAUGGUUCACGAUUUGAUCGUUAUGGAAAAUGUAUUAAUGGCCCAACAAAACACCAUUUAACUGAUUCUCAUUGUGAAGUUAUUCCUCCAGUAAAAUAA